AAGCACAUCAAAUUGAAUAUUUCAUCAAUCAUCAUUCAAAGAUAUCCACAUGUCACCAAGCAAAAUAACUACCAUCCAGCAACAUGGAGAAAUUGACUCCCAUCCAAGAGAAACCUACGGAAAAGGAGAAGUAAUCCUUAGAAUCGGAAACGGCGGUGCCGGCGCCACAGGUUUAAUCAGAGCCCUCGCAGAAGACUACUUAACCCUUCAUAAUCAUCCAGGCUCCAUCCAAUGGAUCUGCAACCACUCCCGAAACACCCAACUUGCCUUGUUCCACGGACAUAUUGACCUAGCCCUCACCUACGAGCGCGAUCAAGAGGACAUCUCAAUAUCCGAGGGAUGGGCCAAGAACAAGGGGUGUAUAUUCCACGACCAUUUCUGCUUAGCCGGUCCACAAGACGAUCCCGCAAAUGUUACUCAAGCGCCAUCCAUCGAAGACGCCUUUUCCCGUAUCGCUACCGCCCAAGCGACAUUCCACAAUCGAUCCGAUGGUUCAGCAACAAUGUGGAAAGAGCGUCAGAUCUGGGAUCUAUGUCGUCGCCAGCCGUGGAAUGAUCCCGAUGCAGGCUGGUACGAAAGCUUUUUAUAUACCCCGUCGGAAGCGGUAACUGAAGCGAAUAUCGCGGGGGCAUAUUUGCUCUGCGAUCGGUCGACGUUUCUUACUAUGCUAUCUCAAGGUCGCGUUGAUGAUCUGAGGGUCUUUUAUGAGCCGGAUCAUUCAUCUGAUAUCUUGAUGAAUUCUUGCUAUGCUUUGAGUAGUCCUUAUGCCAGAAUGGGGGUUGCUGAAAGGGUUGCGUCGUUUCUUGCGUAUUUGAAGUCUUCAAAAGGCCAAGGGGUUGUGGCGAGGUAUGGAUGUGAUAAAGUGGGAGUGCCGCUGUUUGCAUCGCUUGGUGAGGGAUAUGCUAAGGUUAAGUUGACUGGGGAGUCUUAUAAGGGUGAUGGGUACACUGAAAGGAGCAGCACGUUGGAGAAGCUCUAG